UCAGUCAGCUGGUUGAUCCCUUGUCUUUGGACGUUGAGACAAUGAGUAUCAAGGGGCGUUUGAUAUGGAUAGUUCCACUCGUCGCUGUCAUGGGUUCCUUCGGCACAGAGGUAUCCUCAUGGUCCUUUCCCUCGCCGCUGGUCGACCUUUAUCAAUCCUGGUUCCUGUAUCCCACGUCUCCAUCGCCAUCUGAAGAGAGCCCUAAGGAGACAACCGAGAGCCCUGCCACUCCUGUAGGGAAAACGACUCCCGGAGAACUUCCCGGGACGUCGACGCCUUUUGUAGCCUCCAGACGAGAGCGAUGGAGGAGGUCGGGUGAAGGAGUGGCUGAAGAUCAGGACGAAGGCACUUGCGCCACGGAUCUGAAGGAGAGGAUACUGCAGCAAGCGACCCGGACGAUGGUUGUGAUUAACGAGUUUAAGGACGAGUAUACCAGAGACAAGUACAACAUGACCUGGGACAAGACCAGCGCCCACUUCGCCGACGUGGCCAGCGACCCGACCUACCUCGUGGCGUGCAGCGGAGAGCAAGACUGCCUUCCGGUGCUGCCCUCGCUGCCCUCCACGUCCCCUCUUCCCCCCACCGACGACGAAGAGGCCAAGGCGAUCCUAACGGAGCUCUCGGGAUACUGUCGACAAUACUGCGAGGCCCUGAACCAGAUCUUCCUGGACGAGUCGCUCUUCGAGGAAAGGUUCAAGGAGCACCUCGACGCGGCCCAGGGGAAUAUGGAGUCCUUGGCCAACCUGCUAGUGAAGGGCGUUGACCUGUGCGACGGCUCUCCGGAUAACGAGUUGGUGAAGGACAUGGUUGACCUGAUUUACAGGAUGGAAGGCGAGGACAUGAGGAAGCGACGAGGGUUUGGCACGAUCCGCCAGUGCCUCCUUGGACUUCAGUACAUCAUAGACAUCUUCUCCGCUGCGACGUACUAGGGCCGAAUUUUGGCGUCGGUCAUCCGCUGUGGUAACCAGUGUGGAACUUUGGUAUAUACGUCAAGGCAAGACCGGGUGAAGUUUAACGUUGUAUCUACAGUACAGCUUACUAUGAUCUUUUUUUUAAAUAUGAUCAACAACAUUGCCAGCAUCAUA